AUGGUUCCUGGCGAUUUUGAAGCGGACGAUAUAAUAUCAUUAAGAAAACUUACAACGGAUCAACUAAUAGAACGGUUACUUUACUUGAAGAGCCUCCAUGAGAAAGAUACCAAGGACUUUGAAGAGUACAAGGCGAGCAGUUUGGAAAUGGAAACAAUAAUGGAACGAGAGAUUGAAGAUGCACAACGAGAAGCCAAAGCGACGGCUGCCAAACUUCAUCAGAUGACAGUUGAAGCAGAACGUGCCCAUAACAAAAACGAGGCGGAAAAGCGAGAGUUCCUCAAAAUUGAAGAGGCUUUACGCCGCGAGGUCAAAACCCUUCGCACUGAACAGGAAGGCAACCGUGCGCGCAUACGUGAAUUGGAGCAAAGGAAUGAUGAUUUGGAGCGGCACGAGAGGAAUAAUCAGCAAGAAGUUGCCGAUCUGGAGCGGAAGGUGAAUGAAAUGACCGAAAGGCUCACUCUUCUGGAAAAUGAGUUAGCUGAAAAGCAAACAACUGCGGAAGAAAUGUAUCGGUUACGGGAGGAAAUGCGUGCGGCCGAACGCCCCCUUCUCAUGGUUGGACCCCUGAGAGCAGAACGCAUAGAUGACACCCCGGAAGAACCGACUCCUAUAGAGCCACAAAAACCUGUUUUGGAAGAUUUGACUCCGUCUGUUGUAUCUUCUGCCGUGAUUACCGAGAAAAGUAAUGGAGUUUCUGUUGUUAAAAUCUCGCCGAAGGAUGCUAACGGGAACGCAGCCUCUGAGAUCUCGUUGACACCUUUAACGGUCUCUGGAUCAGAUGGUAAAGGCUUCGCAAGCUGUGUGAACAGGAUUGUCAAAGAUCUGUUGGUGAAAGUGGAUCGGCUGGAAGGUAUCCUUAACGGCCUACGGGUGCAUUCUGUGAGGCGUUAG